CGGGGGCGGGACUUCAGCGGAGGCCGGAGCGAGGCGUCGGGAUGCAGCGCCCCGGGCCCUUCAGCACCCUCUACGGGCGGGUCUUGGCCCCGCUGCCCGGGAGGGCCGGGGGCGCGGCCUCCGGCGGAGGAGGGAACAGCUGGGACCUCCCGGGUUCCCACGUGCGGCUGCCGGGGCGUGCACAGUCUGGGACCCGUGGCGGUGCUGGCAACACAAGCACUAGCUGCGGGGACUCCAGCAGCAUCUGCCCGGCCCCCUCCACGAUGUCCAAGGCCGAGGAGGCCAAGAAGCUGGCGGGCCGCGCGGCUGUGGAGAACCACGUGAGGAAUAACCAAGUGCUGGGAAUUGGAAGUGGUUCUACAAUUGUCCAUGCUGUGCAGCGAAUAGCUGAAAGGGUGAAGCAAGAGAAUCUGAACCUCGUCUGUAUUCCCACUUCCUUCCAGGCCCGCCAGCUCAUCCUGCAGUAUGGCUUGACCCUCAGUGAUCUGGAUCGACACCCAGAGAUCGACCUUGCCAUCGAUGGUGCUGAUGAAGUAGAUGCUGAUCUCAAUCUCAUCAAGGGUGGCGGAGGCUGCCUGACCCAGGAGAAGAUUGUGGCUGGCUAUGCUAGUCGCUUCAUCGUGAUCGCUGAUUUCAGGAAAGAUUCGAAGAAUCUCGGGGAUCAGUGGCACAAGGGAAUCCCCAUCGAGGUCAUCCCAAUGGCCUAUGUCCCAGUGAGCCGAGCUGUGAGCCAGAAGUUUGGGGGCGUGGUUGAACUUCGAAUGGCUGUCAACAAGGCUGGUCCUGUGGUGACAGAUAAUGGGAAUUUUAUCUUGGACUGGAAGUUUGACCGGGUACACAAAUGGAGUGAAGUGAACACAGCUAUCAAAAUGAUCCCAGAUGACCUGAUGACUAUAUGCCUAGGUGGUGAUCUUUUUGCAAUGAAUUUCCUGAGUGUUCUUCAAGCUUUUUUAUUUGGAUGUCUCGAUUUCCAGCAAUACCAGGAAAGUUUUCCUCAAUUAUUCCCUCAAGUGUGGUGGACACAGGCCUAUUCAUCAACAUGGCUGAGAGAGUCUACUUUGGGAUGCAGGAUGGCUCAGUGAACAUGAGGGAGAAGCCUUUCUGUUGACCCUGCAAGGAGCAGAGUGUGUUCACCUUGAGUCUCCAGCCCACAGCCAAGGUGGACGUACCUCUCCAGGAGCCUUUGCCUUAAUGUAUCUCUGCCUGGACAACUUGUGGUGGGGGGUGGGGGGAAGAGUGGGAGGGGGAGUUAAAUCCAGUCUUAUGAAGUAUUGUUAUUAAAUGUCUUUUUAAAAAGAGAAAUAUAAACAUAUAUUUUUACUAUUAAAAUAUUCAGUUUUUUAAAUGAAGUAGAACUUGAGUUCAUGUUUUAUAUGAAAUAUUUACCUAAAAAAAAAAAAAAGAGGUGAACUGUAUUUAAAACCUUUGACUUGAGUCUGCUGGUAAAGCUUCUGAAUAUUGAGUUUGCUGAGAAAUAAAAAUCAAAACUUCUUUAAGCUGGUAAAGUGAGGGGCCCACCAGCAGUGAUCUCCUGAUGCCUUACUGGAAACUUUGUUUACUUGUCUGCUACCCUCUGAUUUGUUUUUAGUUAGUUUUUAUUGUGAGCACACAUAGUACCUAGUUACAUCUUAAGAUCAGGUUUAUAAAACUGUGGAGUGGAGCGGUAUGGUAUGGAAUGACUUGGAAUGUAAGCUGUCAGGGAGAAAAUGUGGUUACACUUUUGCUAGGAUCUGGGGGUUUCUUCAUAUUCCUGCUGUUGGAAGCAGUUGACCAGAAAUGCUUGCCAGUACUGCCAAAGCACUGCUGUGAAAUGUGAAGUACUUUGUUUUUUUAUUUUUAAUGAUUUUCUUUUUGUUAUUAAUAUUUCUCUCUGUUCCUUUGUUAUUACUUGCAUGGUUUGGCGUCAGAAGUCCUUACCUCUUUAUAUUGUUUGCAGGUUUAAAUAAAACAGUGUGGUGCCA